AGCAGCACUGAGAGGGUAGAUCCUCUACUUGUGUUUUUAGUAGGAUCCAGUUAAAAAAAUAAUCUUGUGUGCAGCCUGUUUUUGAAAUGCUCCUCUUCUCCGCACAUUUUUAAGCACUUUGCCUUUUAAUUACAUUGACAAGUGGUUGUGAUGAUGUGUGAGGCACAUGUUGAAGAUUUUCAGAAGCAGACUGGUUGUGCCAUGCCGUAUUUCAAACCUGGGACACAAGAAAACUUGUGUCUUACUAUGCAGCAUCACCAGCUCCUAGGACUGCCCUCUUGCCCCGGUCUAUGUCCGUGAUGCUUUUUUUAUCUGUCCGACAGGGGGAAAAACAGGCAGGGCCAGGUGGUGCUGACAGUGCAGGUUUGCUGACACUGGUGCUUGCAUUGAGAAUCUCGAGAGAGGUAUUCGCAGUUCUGCAGAAUUCACGGAUGUCCUUACAGACAACUUCUCUUUCAAAGGGAUCGGUGUGGUAGGGCCUUUACUAAGCAGAGCUGCUCCAAAACUUAAGUUAAAUUUCUCAUUCAUUUUUGUCAGAAGGUCCUUGCACUUAGAUUCAUUGCAAUGCCAGGCCCUGCUGUGACUCUGACCCACAGCCACUUGUCAACUGUUGAUGACAAGAGGCAAGUUUAUCUGACAAAUGGCUUUGGUCCACCUCCUUGUUUGCACACUUUAAACAUCCUGGGUACUGUGGUGUUUGUGUUUUUUUUUUUUUUUGGUGUCAGCAGUAGAGAUUGCAAACAGAUUGCUUAUAGGUUACUUAAUGCAGACUAAGAAGAUUAUCUUGCUUGUUUCUCCGUUUCCUAAGCCAGACUUUCCUGUUCCUUCAAUCCAUUUUCCCAGUCUUUCUCAGCUAACAUUUGCUCCUUCACUUUUAUUGUUUCCAAUUCUUCCCACUGCUCAUUUCUGGGCACUCCUCCAGACGCCUUCCAGUUUCAGCAAAUCUCUGCUCUCCCCCGGAACCAGGACAUGUGAGCAGGCUGGGAUAUUGCUGAGCACUUCAAAUCCUCUCUUUGCGAGCACUUCUGCCCCUGAGGCAUUUCUGCACAGUGACAGUUCUGCAUGCCCUGUAUUGCAAAACUCUCCUAUUUCCUACCUGCAGACUGAGAUGGCGAUGAGGACAACGGCUCUCCUGCAAAACAGCCAAUCUUGGAAUUGAACCAGGUGAUUAUUCCCACUUACGGAACUGUGCCAGAGCAGCAAAACCUUCAUACUCCAGAAUGGGCCGAUUUUGACAAUAAGCCUGACUCCUUGUUCUUCAGUGAUGGGCAGCGAAGAAUCGACUUUGUUUUGGUGUACGAAGAUGAAACCAAAAAAAUGACUCAUAAGAGGAUUGAUCGUAAAAAGCAAAAGAGGAAGAGACAAGUAUAUGAAUCAAACCUGAUAAACAACGGCUUGCAACUCGAAGCAACAAGAUCGGUUUUGGAUGAAAAACUUGUUUUUGUGAAAGUGCAUGCACCUUGGGAAGUGCUAUGCACAUAUGCAGAGGUUAUGCACAUCAAAUUGCCUCUGCAGCCCGAUGACCUGAAAACCCAAGAGUCAGCAUUCAACUGGUUUACUAGUCUCUUCAGAGUGGAUGAAAAUAUCAUCAAGCCUGAGCAAGAGUUUUUCACUGCCCCCUUUGAAAAGGAACAUUUGUCCAACUUUUAUAUUCAAGACAAAGACACAUUUUUCAAUCCUGCAACUAGAAGCCGAAUUGUUCAUUUCAUCCUGUCCCGUGUGGAAUACGCAACCAAAAACAAUGUGAAGAAGUUUGGCAUUAACAAAUUACUGGACUCUGGAAUCUACAAAGCAGCAUUUCCCCUUCAUGACUCUAGUUUUCGGCACCCAUCAACAGAUCCUGCCUGCCCAAGUGAACGAUACCUCCUCUACAGAGAAUGGGCUCACCCUAAAAACAUUUUCAAGCUGCAACCCCUGGAUUUUAUCAGGAAAUACUACGGAGAGAAAAUUGGAAUCUAUUUUGCUUGGCUGGGCUUUUACACUAACAUGCUGAUAGUAGCUGCAGUUGUAGGAGUUGGCUGCUUUCUGUAUGGAUGCCUGACAAAAGACAACUGCACAUGGAGCCAAGAAGUAUGUGAUCCCAACAUAGGAGGUAAUAUCAUAAUGUGCCCUCAGUGUGAUAAAGUAUGUACCUACUGGAACCUCACCAGCACUUGUGAAUCAUCCAAGAAACUUUGUAUAUUUGAUAGCUUUGGAACCCUGGUGUUUGCAGUAUUUAUGGGAAUAUGGGUUACUUUGUUUUUGGAGUUUUGGAAGCGAAGGCAGGCUGAACUGGAGUAUGAAUGGGACACGGUUGAGUAUUUAGAGCAAGAAGAACAAGUUCGCCCCGAAUAUGAAGCGCAAUGUACUCAUGUGGUAAUGAAUGAAAUCACACAGCAAGAAGAACAUGUGCCAUACACUGCCUGUGGGAAGUGCAUACGUAUGACUUUCUGUGCAAGUGCAGUCUUCUUCUGGAUUCUUUUGAUUAUUGCUUCAGUUAUUGGAAUCAUUGUCUACAGGCUCUCCGUUUUCCUGGUGUUUUCUGCCACGUUGUCACGGCACAUUAAUGGCACACAAGCGAUCCGCAAGUACCUGACUCCACAGACAGCCACCUCAGUAACUGCUUCACUCAUCAGCUUUGUAGUCAUUAUGGUUCUCAACAUCAUCUAUGAAAAAGUAGCAAUCCUGAUUACUGACUUCGAGCUUCCAAGGACACAGACCGAUUAUGAAAACAGUCUGACCACAAAGAUGUUCUUGUUCCAGUUUGUCAACUACUAUUCUUCGUGCUUCUACAUAGCCUUCUUUAAGGGUAAAUUCGUAGGUCACCCUGGAAAUCCUGUCUAUUGGCUAGGAAAGUAUCGCAAUGAAGAGUGUGAUCCAGGUGGAUGUCUCCUUGAACUCACAACUCAGCUUGCCAUCAUAGUAGGAGGUAAAGCAAUCUGGAACAACAUUCAAGAAGUGCUUCUUCCUUGGGUUAAGAAUCUAAUUGGAAGAUACUGUGCAGAUGCUAGAUCAGAAAAGAUUGUUCCACGCUGGGAACACGACUACCACUUGCAGCCCAUUGGAAAACUUGGAUUGUUUUAUGAGUAUCUUGAAAUGGUCAUACAGUUUGGCUUUGUCACCCUGUUUGUGGCAUCAUUUCCCCUGGCUCCUCUUCUGGCUCUUUUUAACAACAUGCUGGAAAUCCGGCUGGAUGCGUGGAAGCUGACGACCCAGUUCAGACGCAUGGUGCCACAGAAGGCACAAGACAUCGGCGCAUGGCAGCCCAUCAUGCAAGGCAUAGCCAUUCUGGCCGUGGUGACCAACGCCAUGAUAAUUGCUUUCACAUCUGACAUGAUUCCUCGUCUGGUUUAUUACUGGUCCUUCUCAGUCCCUCCUUAUGGGAGUCACAGCAGUCACACUAUGAAAGGGUAUAUAAACAACACACUCUCUGUCUUCAAUAUAUCAGACUUCAGGAAUGCAAGCAAGCCAUCUUCCCCUUGGUUUGGGAACCAAACGACAUGCAGAUACCGUGAUUUCCGCUACCCUCCUGGUCACCAGCAUCAGUAUGAGCAUAACAUAUACUACUGGCACGUCAUCGCAGCCAAGCUGGCUUUCAUCAUUGUCAUGGAGCAUGUCAUAUACUUUGUGAAGUUUAUUAUUUCAUACAUAAUCCCGGAUGUAUCACAGAAGACCAAGAGCAAGGUCAAGCGAGAGAAAUACCUAACACAGAAACUCUUGCAUGAGAACGAUCUCAAAGUUGUGAAAAAAAACAUGGGGAAAAUUGCUGACAAAAUUAUCAAAGGAGUAGACAGCACUUUCCGACCUAAGUCUGAAUAAGUACUUUUUUAUAUGGAGUAACAGUAUUUAGCCAGCUAACACCUGUCCAGAUAUUACCAAUAGUUAAUCAAACACUUUGGAUUAAUUCCCUUUACUAAACGUUGUUUCUUUCAACUGUCACCUGCUCCUUAUCUGUUUCCCUUUGGCAAAGGCAACUAUUGAGACUUGGUUUACAGCUAGCAAUUUUUUAAAACAGCUUUAGUAAGAUGUAUUUUUUAACAUGUGAAGGUAAAAAAAUAUUUAUCAUCUUAAGACAAUGCAGAUUAAUUCUCAAAUACAUACAGUGCUUUCCACUUUAUUUAGGUGUAGGCUAUUAAAUCUGUUGUUCAACUUGGAUAAAACCUUAUGAACAAGAAUAAUUUGUUGUAAGAACACCACCACUUCCUCUGAAGGAGUUUUGAUUACUUGACAAUGCAAACCCCAACUAUAAAAUGAAAUGGAAAAGCCAAAACAUGAAGGCAAGAGAAGGAAAAGACAACACAAAAUCAUGUUGUUAAGCUGUUGCAAUUGACGUACUAAGCACUGGUGUGUGCUACACUGAAUUAGAUGUACAUACUGAGACUUAAAUGGAUAACAAGAUAUUUCAAUUAAUCAUGGGCUUGGAUCACAAGGAGCAGCAGGACUGUAAGCCCAUCCUGUUCAUCAAUCUCUGUGUAAACAGGAGAACUGCCUUUGCAAUCAAUGCAUACAAACUGACUUUACAGCACUCAGAGCGAGAGGAAAACUCAGACAUUUUAUCUUUCUCUGGUCAAUGUACUUUCAUUAGCUCACUUGGCCGUUCUGUUCUGAAUGAACACAGCCUUGAAGGUCUCCCACCUGUAACAGUAAUGAGUGUUAAAAUUCUUUUCACGUAGUAAAUCAAUAUUUGCUGAGGGCUGUAUUUUGCAUUUCUCCCACACCAGAGGCACCAUUCUUUUCCCUGAUAGAUUUCGACAUAGGAAGAAUGUGCAGCUGGAUCUGUUGUGGUACAAUACUGCAUGAUAAAUUGAAUUUGGACUAGACCAUGAAUGUAUUGAAACUGAAGAUGGGAAUAAACAAUUUAAUAUGCCUUAACCGUGUUAUGAAACCUUAAACAACUAGGAAGAUGUUACAAGUGUGGAUGAAUUUGUUGGAGCUAUCAGUCAUCUUCAAAUUAGGCUGCAGAUCUGCUUGGCAAUUUUGGCUCCAGUUAUAACCUGGGAGUUAGGGAAUUACAGGGUAAGAAUGUAUGUAGGGCUCCACUUUGUGUCUGCAGCAGUGAUGUUCCAGUUUAUUAACUUGCUUUCUCUUUUAAUGGUUCUAGUGGACCAAUUCCUAUGAAAUCUGAAAACCAAAAUCUUCUUAAAAAGGCAAAAGUAUGUCUGCACUCCCUAAACCAGGUGAUUACUGUUGGGUUUGUAAUUUUAUACUCUUAAAUGUAAUUCAGAUGUACAAUUCUUAGGAAGAUUAUUUGUAUGGAUUUCUCAAUAUAAAGAAGUUUGUUUGCAGAAACUAAGUAGCACUGAUAAGAUAUAUUUUACCCUGUUAAUAAUCAGAAGGAAUCAAACAUUUGAAUUUUGUAGAAAAACUUCCAAAUACUACUCCGUGUACCUCAAGCCUAUCCUUUGAAAUGGCAACAUUUAAACCAGAAGAGGCAGCACAUGAGGGGAGUUCUUUCAGCAGUUGUGAUACACAAGCUUUCGCUCAGCUUGACUAUGCAGAAUGAUUGCGUAGGAGAGAGGAACAUGAGAGGAAAGCUUGGUUCAAAAUUGGGAUAAGGUUGAAAGAUGGAAGGCAGAAACACGGAGGUUCCAGAGGACACAUUUCUGGCAUUGAAGAACUGGAGCUUGCUGACUAUAAUGCCCAGAAAACUUGUUGUAUACAUCACCUGAAGAUGAAAAUGACACAGGAUACAUCAAUAAGACAGACCAUAAUUAUAAGUGACUGUGUACCAGAGCAUUGAUAGAAUCGGUGCUUUUUUUCACAGGAAAUUCUACUCUUGCCAUUUCUUUUUGUUUCCAGUCAGAAUCAUAAAAAGUCUUUAAAUUUACAAGGAAUCAAAUAUAAAUUUGGCAGAUGGAUAGGCAUACACUCAGAAGCUUCUAAACAAGACAGAAUUUAUUAUCAAAAUGUAUCACCCCAAUACUGAUUUGACCUUUUCCCAGAAUCCCAGAACCCUCAGAAGCCCACCUGCCCCAGCCCCUGCCCAAGCAGGGACACCCAGACCAGGCUGCCCAGGACCACUUCCAGGUGACUUUGGAGGAUCCCCCAGGAGGAGACCCCACAGCCUCUCUGGGCAGCCAGUGCCAGGGCUCAGGCACCCUCACAGUAAAACAGUUUUUUCUUACGUUCAGAUUGCAUUUCUUGUGUUUCAGCAUGUGCCUCUUGCCUCUUGUCCUGUCACUGGGCAGUAUAAUGAAGUACUCAGGGUUUUCCUGUGUUAUAUGAGUUUUGUUAGAAAGGCCAGUCAGCUCUGUGCAAGCUUGGAGCUUCUGAUUUCGGCUUUGGGCUGGCAUUUCCCUGUCAACAGUAGUGUUCAGCUGAGAGAUGCCAUUUUCAUCUCCCCAUCGGGGAUCGCAGUUUCAAAGUGCCUUAAACACCCUCUCAGGUGCAGUGUUGGAGGGCAAGGGCAAACAAGGAGGUAUCACGUGAUAAUGGGAAAAAAAUAAAAAUAAAAUGUCAUGAAAUGGGCCAUUUCAGAUAAUUGUUUGAUCUUAAGGAAACUUUGAUUGCCUGCUUUGACAGCUAAAGAGACAGGGAGACAAAAGAAUUAAGUGCCUUGCCUGGGGUCACACUGAACAGUGGCAGAGUUUAAGACUGAUUUUCAGGAGUGCCUGGUUUUCUGGUCCUUUUCCUGUCCUUGUGUCCUCUCUCAAUUGCGGCUUCUUACAUCACUCAUUUCCUGAAGGAGGAGUUGGUCCUCAACAUCACUGAGAGUUUAUAUUCCAGCCUUUAAAAUAAUUAUUAUUAAAAAAAAAAAAAAGCAUGCUACACCAGCAAAGUAUGUGUACCUAUCGCUUGGGCUCCUCUUGUAAUAAAAUUGUAACCACCUAGAAUCAUAGAAUCAUGGCAUACCCUGAGCUGGAAGAGACCCUCAAGGAUCAUCAAAUCCAACCCCUGGCCACAACCAAAAAUCAGACCAUAUUUCUGACAGCAUAGUCCAAACACUUCUUUCACUCCAGCAGGCUCAGUGCCGUGACCUGGGGAGCCUUGGGUGGGUUUCUACAUUACCAUUUUGUUCAGCUCAGGAGUAUGUUUGAAACUCAUCUUCCACUUGCCCCCACUUUCUGAGUGGUGGUUCACAUCUGGUCUUGGAGCUCACGAACUGGAUUCCUUUUGUCUUAAACCAAUCCAGAAGACAGGUCUUAGAUAUGCAUAUCACAGUCUCUGGCAGGCAUUUUAGUUCACAGCUCUGAAACCAGAGCUAGCCUGAAGAGAGCCCAGAGUACUAGGUGGGCAUCAGCUUCAACUGAUGUCAGCAUCUGUGUUUUGCUUCCCAAGUGCCAUGCUACUUGCUAACAUAGCCAUAACAUUCACUUUCAGAAAGCAUUAUAUCAGGAAUUCACUUUGUUUUGCCAUGUGCAGUGUUACUCCCAGCACAGAGUGCCCAAACCUCUAAAGCUAUGCAACGUAGGGAGCCUCUACCUCCAUCUGCUGAAAUGUGCACUGCCCAUACACAGCGAGCUCUGCCGAGGCAUAGGAAUGAAGUGCUUCAGGGGGUGGGGGCAGCUGCCAACAUAAUACUAUUUGUAACUUUUUUUUCAAGACUGGGUCACUUUAAUAAUGUUUAAAGAUCUGUUUGAAGGGAAAAUUAACAUUACUGUUAACCUAUGAAUCAAUUUUGCUCUUUUUACACUUUGUAUGUAGGCCAGAUUCUUACCUUGUACAGAUGAAUCCGUGUCAGUGAACAUUUCAUUGCCUUAAAGUAAGACGUGAGCACCACAAAUUGCAGACCAUCGCCACUGUUUUAAAUUCUUUGUAUGUUGAAAAAAUUCAAAAUGUAAGAAUGUAUUUUUUGUAUUUUUUCUAAGAAUGUUUGCUAUUAGUUUCUGAACAUUAAGAUUUCUUUAUAUUUAUUGUUAUUAAAUAAAGUCUAUUUUAAAAGGAUAA